UCAUUUUAGUUUUGUCCCUCCUCGCUUUCACUAGACACUCUGCGAAAAAGUUUUAGCGUGAAGACGACCAACCUGCUGAAUGGAAAUGAUCCUCUCUAUGAGAUGACACGAGCCUAUGUUGGUGGAUAAGGCAUGAACAUGGUGUCCCCCUGGACCAGCAGGGACACACUGGAGAGGAAUGUGCCUUUAAUACGCCUGGAGGACGACGCUGACCUCAGGGAAAUUUAUGAAUUUGGAAAGAAAUUGGGUCAAGGUAGCUUCGGAGUUGUCUAUGAAGCCACACACAUUGAGACACAGACAAAAUGGGCUAUUAAAGAGGUUUGCAGACCAGUGGCAGGAAGCUCAACAGCCAAGAUGCUGUGGCACGAAAUAAACAUUCUUAAACAAGUCAAUCAUCUGCACAUAAUACAUCUACAAGAAGUCUACCACACAGCUAAAAUGACUUAUUUUGUGACUGAGCUGUGCGUUGGAGGUGACCUGAAGCAGCUGUUGCAGCGGAAAAAGUUCCUUACAGAGGACGAGACGAGGCAUAUCAUCUGUAGCUUAGCAGACGCCGUCGUCUACCUUCACAGAAGAGACAUAGUGCACCGAGACUUGAAACUUGAGAACAUUCUUGUGAAGAAUUAUCUUGAUGAGGAUGAUGACGGCAGGAUUAAUAUCAAGGUGACAGACUUUGGAUUAGCAGUGAAGACAGGAGGCGUAGGGAUUGAGAACAUAAUUAGGGAGGCCUGUGGGACUCUCGUCUAUAUGGCACCUGAAGUGAUGAGCGGCCGAGGUUACAGCCAGUGGUGUGAUGUGUGGAGCAUAGGAGUUGUUAUGUAUAUGUUAGCUGUGUGUCCUCGUAGGCUGUGUGGGGAGCCCCCGUUUGUAUGUAAGACGAAGUCCAAACUUCUCAAGGAGAUCAUGAACAAAGAAGCCACAUUUACUCAACCCAUCUGGGCCACAGUCAGUGAUGCAGCAAAAAAUCUUUUGACCUGCCUUCUGAAGGCGGACCCUGCUUACCGCAUGUCUGCUAAUCAGCUGCUGGAAAACCCCUGGAUCACAGGAGACACUAAUGUGGCUGCUAUGCCGUCAAACGUACUGGAGAUGAUGCGCAACCACCUGGAACAGAAAGAGAGAGCACAGACUCUGGGGGACUUGUCCCUGUCCUCCUCUGAAGGCACACUGGACUCCCCGCUCCUCCCGGUGGAUUCAACAGUUACAGACAGCGGGAGUCACACUGAGACAGACAGCUGCUCGUGCCCCCCCUCCACCUCCACCCAGUCUCCAGAUGGUGUGAAAGCCCCCCCACAGCCGAGCACAAAGCAGCGCAGGCCUCGGGACAAGAAGGACGUCAGCACGGGACAGAAAGCAGCCUCUGAGCUCCGUAAGGCCGACGACCAGAGACCCUCUACCUCCAGUACAAAUAGGACUGCCCCCCCCAACUCUAAGACCAACGCACAUUCUAAACAAGCUAAACUAAAAAAUAUCAAUUGUGAAAAGAAAACACAAUUAAGUGGACAAAGUGAGCAUUCAAGUGAAAAACUAAACUAGAGGUGGACACUUUAUUUGAUGUUAUUCUGUUUUAUUUGAUUCUGUGAAUUAGCAGUGAUGUGAAACUGCUAUGUAUGGUGCAACCUUUAUAGUAGCAACAAGAGCCUAUGCAGUGACAGCAGUGUCAAACAAAUGAGCCUCAUAAGCAGGUGUUAGAAUAGAUAAAGUCUAAGACCCCUGCAGCUGAGGGUCCGGCCUCAGCAUCGCCUCGUGCCAAAGGAAAGGGCCUUGCUCUGAGAUGUUCUUAGAUGGGGCCAAACUGCUGGAGAAAUGUUUGCUGUUGCACAGCCAACUGUUUAGGAACGUCAUGCAGCCCAAAUACAGACUUCAACUGUUUUAUGGUGGCCAGAAAACACAGAGAUUGAAUGAGCUUGUCAGGUUUUACCAGUGGCAUCUGAAUAAAGUAUUUAUUAUAAAGCAACCGUCAUCUAAAGAGGAGAUAAGAGCAAAGAACAGCUCAUGCCCUAAUAAAACUGUUAUUUAGUAAUUAACUUAUUACCUAGCAGCAUAUUUUGUCAUUCCAUAUCAUCUCUUAAACUGUGAAUAUACUGUAUGUUUCCCCCCCAAAACUGUCCUAAAAGUGAAUGUUAAUUUAUUACAUUGGAAAACAUAUUAUUUUAGUAGAGGUUUUUUUGUACAAAUGUACAAAUUGAUUCCCACAAAACAAGUCAAAGCCGUCUUCAAAUCAGUAAUAUAACAGUGUGCAUACACAUUGAAUAAGACCUUAAAUGUGCCAAAUAUCAUAAAACACAAAACAGCAAUUUUGCUUAAUUUCUUUUCAAUAUGAAAUAUUUAUUUUUAUUGUUUUAUAAUAACAUGCUUAAUUACAGAGAAUACACACAGACUACAGGAUAUUAUUUUUUGGAUAUCAUUGCACAAUGCCAAAGUGAGCAUUAGGGAUUUACUUUCCUCUGUUCUGACCUCUCAAUUCCAAACGCCCUGUAUGCAGUGACUGCACCCACUCAGUGUCAAAACAGAAAACCCGUCACACAGGCUGGUUACGCUCUAUCUGAAUGCAGAGGAUUGGGACUGAGGGCAGCUGCGGGUCUAAUCUCGUUUGGAGGCCAUUGAAAGCAGUAGGAGCUACUUUGAGGGCACUGCCAUUCAAGCACAGGUUUUUCCGCUGUAGAGAGAAUAAUCCCCAGCAUAGAUACAACAUUAAAGUAGCCAAGCAUAACACACAGAGGCUGAAUUUCAAAUCCACCCAUUUGCAUCUUGAAGUGAAUGAGUGCCAACAAUGGGGCUCCGUGCCCAUGCAAAGGCUCUGUCCUUUAGCAUGUCUGUAAAUGCAGUGUGCAUUUGUCGGAAGUGUUUUCAAAAAGGUAUUUCUACUUUGCAGGGAAGAGGUAAUUGUUGUAAAAGUAUGGACAUGGUGUGUUAACCUUUAUCAAAUGCAGUCCAGGUAGACUGACUCAUCUCGGCUGAUGUUACUUGACAUACAAGAUUUUUUCACUGUCUUAUGUUAGAUUUCUUUUUAACCAAACACACCAGUAGUGUGAAAAUGACAACAUGUUAAUUACCUUUGUUCUAAGCUGCUUGCCAAAAGACAUUACUGCAAAUGUAUUGACACACUAUCUGCCUUUGGUUCACUCGGACCGGUACCAACAGCAGAUGGAGCUGAAUUUAUUUCCUGGAGUUAAUCUGACAGGAGAGUGCUAUCCCUAAAGCAUACUACCUAGUUUUGUGCAUGAAGAUGUGUAAUUAGAAUUGAUUGCUUGAGUCACUGCCUAUUAAAACUGUGAUGUCCAUGCAACGUGUCACUGAUUAAUAUGUUGUAUGGUUAUGUCCUCAUGGUCCAUUCAAACUGAAUAAAUGGCUAAGACAUG